GGCGGUUGAUGCAGAACGCUCUCAUUCGUUACCGUUUCGAGACUCUGAUCCCUUCUGGCUUUUUUUUUUUUGUUUCCCUUGUUUUCAUUUCUCUCGAUCUUCCUCCCUUUGCUUUUUUUUUUGUUCUUUCUUCGUUUUCUCGCUUCCCAAUCAAGAGAAUGGGGUUUCUCUCCAGUGUGGUGGGGAUCUUCGGCUUCGUCAUCGGAAUCCCCAUUGGACUCAUCGUGGGUUUUCUCUUUUUCGUCUAUUCGAAGCCCACACACGAAGAGUAUCCGCCGGCAAGGCCAAUUGUUGAGACUAGCACCAGUGCCCUUCUUGAUCUUCUACCAGAUAUCCCAUUGUGGAUGAAGAAUCCAGAUUAUGAACGAGUGGACUGGUUCAACAGAUAUCUCUCGUACAUGUGGCCCUACCUCGACAAGGCAAUUUGUCGAAUCAUCCGGAGUUCCACAAAACCCAUAUUUGCUGACUACAUUGGGAUGUACCUUAUUGAAUCAAUCGAGUUCGAAAAUUUGAGUCUUGGAACCCUUCCGCCAACAGUUAACGGGGUGAAAGUCUACGAGACAAACGAGAAGGAACUAGUGAUUGAACCCGUCAUUAGGUGGGCAGGCAAUCCCAACAUUGUUUUGGUGUUAAAGUUGCUCUCUUUUCAAGUUACAGUUCAGCUUGUAGAUCUCCAAGUUUUUGCCACACCACGUGUAGCUCUGAAGCCUCUUGUACCGACGUUUCCUUGUUUUGCAAAGGUUGUGGUGUCAUUGAUGGAAAAGCCUCACGUUGAUUUCGGAUUGAAAGUGCUUGGUGGAGAUCUCAUGUCCAUUCCGGGUCUAUACCGAUAUGUUCAGGAAACCAUAAAGAAACAAAUUGCAAGCCUUUACCAUUGGCCUCAAGUGCUUGAAAUACCCAUUCUUGAUGCUUCGACGGUGGCUGUGAAGAAGCCUGUUGGCUUACUGCAUGUGAACAUCAUACGUGCACGCAAUCUACUGAAGAAGGAUCUGUUGGGAACUUCAGAUCCUUAUGUAAAACUUAGCUUGACGGGAGAGAAGCUUCCGGCAAAGAAAACCACCAUAAAGAAAAGGAACUUGAACCCUGAAUGGAAUGAGCACUUUAAGCUCAUCGUGAAAGACCCGGUAACGCAAGUUCUUCAACUGGAAGUCUUUGAUUGGGACAAGGUUGGUGGGCACGACAGACUGGGAAUGCAGUUGAUACCCUUACACAAACUUACGCCUGGUGAGAAAGUAAGUUUUGUUCUUGACUUGCUCAAGAACUCGAACAUCGUCAUUCCUCAGGACAAGAAGCGAAGAGGAAGGCUGGAGUUGGAGCUAAGGUACGUACCAUUCAGAGAAGAAAGCAUGAAGAUGGGCAAUGAAAACUUGGAUCAGUAUCAGAGAAAAGAAAGCAGAGGCGAGAAACCAUCAGAAAACGAUGAUUUUCUCAGCCGGGCUGGUCUACUAUCAGUUAUCAUCCAAACAGCUGAAGAUAUUGAGGGGAAGAAACACACUAAUCCUUUUGCCCUUCUUCUCUUUAGAGGAGAAAAGAAGAAAACAAAAAUGUUGAAGAAAACCCGAGAUCCAAGAUGGAACGAGGAAUUCCAGUUCACGCUCGAGGAGCCACCGUUGAAUGAGAGGUUACGGAUCGAGGUCAUGAGUAGAGGAACUGGUUUACGCUUUCGCUCAAAGGAGCCUUUGGGACAUGUAGAGAUAAACCUGGACGACGUGGUUGAAAACGGGAGGAUCAAUCAGAAAUACCAUCUCAUCAAUUCAAGGGACGGUGUUAUACAUGUCGAGAUACGGUGGACAACAAGCUGAACCAAUCGAAACACUUGUGAAUAAAGAACAGAGAUUUUGUAUUCAGAAAUAUUGCCUGUGUAAAUGAUACCAAGUUUACCAUAACGUU